GCUUCGGGACGGACCAUGCUACGCUCCACCGGCUUCUUCCGGGCCAUCGACUGCCCCUACUGGGCUGGGGCGCCCGGGGGGCCCUGCCGGCGGCCCUACUGCCACUUCCGGCACCGCGGGGCCCGGGGCCCCGGCGCGCUGGUCGGCGGCGGAGCGGCGCCCCCCGCAGCAGGGCUCGGUUAUGAUCCGUACAACCCCGAGCUGCCCAAGCCCCCCGUGCAGAGGGAGAAUGGAGCCCUGGGCAGAGGGGACGAGCCCCGCUCGGACAUCCUGGAGCUGGAGCUGGUCAAUCAGGCCAUCGAGGCCGUGCGCUCUGAGGUGGAGCUUGAGCAGCGGCGGUACCAGGAGCUCCUGGAGACGACCCGUGAGCACAGCUCAGCCGAAGCCCCCGCCGUGGCACCCCGAGACCCCACCGCUUGUUCCGCCGCUGGCCUGGAUGAGGACGCCUUCCCGCUGUCCUUCGAUUACAACCCUGGCGGCCGCCCCGGCCUGUCGAGCCCUGAUGCCAGCUACCAGCCCACCCCUCUGGCCACUGCUGCCGAGGCAGGCAGCAAGUACUCGCUGGCCUCCCUGGAUCGGGCACAGGGCCAUGGUGGGGGGGGUGGCAGUGCCCUGGAGUACGUCCCUAAGGCUGUGAGCCAGCCCCAGCGAUAUGGCCGCCCCAUCCCCAGCAGCAAGUACGUGUUGGAUGACUCCAAGCCGUCCACAGACCUGGAGUAUGACCCUCUGUCCAACUUCUCUGCCCGGCUGCUCAGCAGAGCCAGUUCUAAGGAUGACAGGGCCCCCAAGAGGCCCAGGGGCUCCCGAGGCAGCGAACCCUACACGCCUGCCCUCAAGAAGCCCUGCGACCCCUUCGCCGGCUGCGACGCCAGGUUCUCAGACUCAGAUGAUGAUGCCGCCACGGCUCCAGUGGACGGGCCCAUCACCACCAGCCCCCCCAGGGCCCAGUUGGGCACCGAGACCAAGGCCCCUGGGCAGCCCGGCUCCAGGGAGGGCCAGGACACUGAGGAAGGUGGCCUGCGGGAGACCAAGGAGAUGGCAGUGCAGUACGACGUGGAGGACCUCGGGCAGCCCCCCAAGGCUCCUGCUGGGGCGCCUGUGGCCAAGCCCAGCUCGCCCGCCAAGGCCACCCGGGAGCCUGGUGGCCCCAAGCAGGGAAGACCCAAGAAGAAGAAAAGUGGGGCACUGCCUGUCACCACCCAUAAGGACAGCGCCCGGAAGAAGGACAAGGGCAGAGACGGAGAGCACGGGAGGCCGGCCGGGAAGCCCGGGGCAGACCGGAGGGGCCCGCAGGCCGGCAGCCCCCGGCAUAGGGCUGAGCAGCCCGAAGGGACCAAGAAAAAGCCAUCUUCGGCCACCCCAGUGGCCAGCUCAGGGAAAAGCCGGCCCGACCGCGGGGGUGCCCACCAGCUGCCAGUCAGGACGGGUGGGAAGACCCCAUCUGGGAAGCUGGCCGAGCGGAAGGCCCGCUCGCUGGACGAGGGUGCCUCCCGGGAUGCCCCUAAGCUGCAGAAGCGGGCCCUGAGCCACGCAGACCUCUUCGGGGACGAGAGCGAAGACGAGGGCCCCGGGCCCACAGCACCCCCCGCCCCGCCCCGCCUCAGCUCCGACUCGGACUCUGACUCUGACUCCGACUCCGACAGCAGCCUGGGCAGCUCAGUGGCUCAGGGGCCCCGGAAGCGCCUCAAGGCCCCUCCGCCUGCCCAGCCCGCCCCCACCCCCGCCCCCGCCUCACCCUCCUCCUCCUCCUCCUCCUCUGAGGCCAGUGAGAGUGUGGACUACUCGGCUCUGGAAAAGGAGGUUGACUUCGACUCCGACCCCAUGGAGGAGUGUCUGCGCAUCUUCAAUGAGUCCACCAGCGUCAAGACAGAGGACAGGGGCCGGCUAGCCCGGCAGCCCCCUAAGGAAGACAAGAACGAAGACAAGGGGCAUUCUGCUCUGACCACUCUGUUCCCUGGGCAGAAGAGGAGAAUUUCUCAUCUCUCCAAGCAAGGCAAGGAGGCAGACCCGGUGAGGAAAGGCCCAGCACCCCCUGCCCGGCCUCCCACUGCCCAGGAGGUGUGCUAUCGGCGGGCCCAGCAGGCCCAGAGGGACUCAGCCACCUGGCUCCAGGCUGCCCAGCAGCCAACAGAGAAGCCAUCCUCCAUCCACAUCUCAGCUCCUGGUGAGAAGAGGAGGAUCGCCCAUGUCCCCAACCCCCGCUUGGCUGCAGCCCCCACAGGUGCCAAGAGGACCCUCGCCGCCAGCAGCAGCCAGCCUCCCAAUGGCCCCGAGCCAGGCAGCCAGCCCCUGAAGGCCCGCACGUUGUCAGGCAUGGCGUCCAAGACCACCACCACCGUCACCCCCAAGCGCGUUGCCCACAGCCCAUCUUUACAGAGUUUAAAGAAGCCCAUUAUUCCGAAAGAGUUUGGGGGCAAAGUCCCCACGGUCAUCCGCCAGCGGUAUCUGAACUUGUUCAUUGAGGAAUGCCUCAAGUUCAGCUCUUCAAACCAGGAAGCCAUAGAGAAGGCGCUGAACGAGGAGAAGGUGGCCUAUGACCGCAGUCCCAGCAAGAACAUCUACUUGAACGUCGCUGUGAACACCCUCAAGAAGCUGCGGGGCCUGGUCCCCAGCUCCGUGCCUGGUCUCAACAAAACCAGCGGCCGGAGGGUCGUGUCCCAUGAGAUGGUGCUGGGGGGCAAGUUGGCCACCAAAACCAGCUUCUCGCUCAGCCGCCCGAGCAGCCCCCGGGUGGAAGAUCUGAAAGGGGCCGCCCUGUACGGCCGCCUCAAGGAGUACCUGCUCACGGAGGACCAGCUCAAGGAGAACGGGUACCCCUUCCCACACCCCGAGCGGCCAGGGGGCGCCGUCAUCUUCACGGCUGAGGAGAAGAAGCCCAAGGACUCCUCCUGCAGAAUCUGCUGCCGGUGUGGCAGUGAGUACCUCGUGUCCGCGUCGGGCCGCUGUGUGCGCGAGGAGGAGUGCUACUACCACUGGGGGCGGCUCCGCCGGAACCGAGUGGCUGGCGGCUGGGAGACUCAGUACACGUGCUGCUCGGCUGCCAUCGGCUCCACUGGCUGUCAGGUCGCCAAGCAACACGUGCAGGACGGCCGGAAGGAAAACCUCGAAGGCUUUGUGAAGACUUUCGAUAAAGAACUUUCAGAAGACGCCCACCCGGGGAUUUACGCCCUUGACUGUGAAAUGUCCUACACCACGUAUGGCCUGGAGCUGACGCGUGUCACGGUGGUGGACACGGACAUGCAGGUGGUUUACGACACCUUCGUCAAGCCGGACAAUGAAAUUGUUGACUACAACACCAGGUUUUCAGGGGUGACUGAGGCUGACCUCGCCGACACGAGCAUCUCGCUCCGGGACGUCCAGGCUGUCCUGCUGAGCAUGUUCAGCGCCGACACCGUCCUCAUCGGACACAGCCUGGAGAGUGACCUGCUGGCCUUGAAGGUCAUCCACAGCACCGUGGUGGACACGUCCGUGCUCUUCCCGCACCGCCUGGGCCUCCCCUACAAGCGCUCCCUGCGGAACCUCAUGGCUGACUACCUCAGACAGAUCAUCCAGGACAACGUGGACGGGCACAGCUCCAGUGAGGACGCCAGCGCCUGCAUGCACCUGGUGAUCUGGAAGAUCCGAGAAGACGCCAAGACCAAGCGGUGACCGCUGCCGCCUGCCCGCCUUCCCCGCAGCCCCGGCCCGGCCUCUACCCCAGGCCUCUUCCAAAACAGUGCAAUAAAUCUCGAGAGCUAACCCUGUCCACGUCGCCGAGACAUGGAAACAGAGAGAGCGGGAGGAGCUGGCGGCCGAGUGCCCACGCCGAGACCACCUGGAGCCCUGACCCCACCCGGCCCCCUGCGCCGCCCCGCCUCUCUGCCCCCGACUUCUGUCCUCCGAGACUGCUGCUGACGCCCCAUGAGGCUGGGCCAGACCCCACCCGGCACCCAGUGGGCCCUGCUGAGUCCCCGGCAGCCAGGCCUCCCGCUCCGGCCCCUCUGCCGGGCAGGCUUUUCGUGGGUGUGUUUGAGACAGGGGUUUCUUUUUUUUUAUUUUGUAUUGUUAUUUUUAUUAUUUGUAAUUUAAAUCUGACGACUACUCGCACAGUUGUCUUUCCCCAGCUGGAGAAGCCCUGGUGCUGCCUUCCCUGUGGGGGGCGGGGCAGGGGGAGGAGUUGGGGGGCCGGGAGCCGACAGCUGGCACCUUGGCAGCCACCAGGACCGAGAGUCCAGCCCGGCCUGGGCCGGACGGGUGGGAACUGGCCUCCCCAAACCCACCUGGACUCCGUGACCUCUGGGAACCAAGCCAGUCCCCCUGCCCCCCCACCCCCAGGGCCUCGCCUUCCGGACCCCUCCAGGGCCCAUCAGCCUCUGGACCCUGUCUUCCUGCCAGAGCCCCGCCCUCCCCCAGGGGCUGUCUGUAAAGGCCUGCAGCCCCCCUAGGGCCCUGAGCCCCGAGCCCCAACCCGAGGCAGGGACGGAAUAAAUGUUUGUAUGGAUUUUA